GUCAACAUCUCUCAUCAUCCCAAUAACCGCUGGUGCCGCUGCGAAGGAGAAUAACAAAAACACACAACAAUCUCACGGCUGCCAACAAAUCGCCAAUGCCUACGCCGCCGCCGCCGCCAUGGCCGAGCGAGAUCCACAGGUGCCCCGUAAGAAGCAGACGCGCAACAAGCCCACGCUGAGCUGCGAGCAGUGCGUCGAGCGCAAGACCAAGUGCGACCGUGGACGGCCUCGCUGUGUCGCCUGCGCCAAGCGGCAGUCCGAGUGCAGGUACUCUGAAAUCGCCAACCGGAUUGCCUCGUCCGACCGUGGCAUCGUGCGUCGUGCGAGGAAGCAUAGCAAAUCCGCCCUUGGCCAGCCCACAGAUGCACCUCCCGUCCACGACCCCAAGCCGCAGCAGGCUCAGGCUCAGGCUCAGGCUCAGCCGCCGCCGAGGGCACUGUCUUCGCCCGCCUCGUCGCCAUUUCUACUCUCUAAUAUUCCCUACUCCAAUCUGACCCCAUCCCCCUUCUUCGGAGCCUAUACCGCCGAGCACCCUUUUGCCAACUACUGGACCAGCAGAGGUGGGCUAGCCGAAGUCAUCGGUGUGCUGCCAGAAAGAAAGCAGGCAGACAUACUCGUGGACAAGUACUUUGAAGCCGUGGACCCAGUCUAUCCCUUGAUCCAUCGGCGAGCCUUCUACACCGACUAUGAGCGCUUCUGGUCGCUACCGCUCGAGGAGAAGGCUGUAGCUGACCCUGCUUUGGUUGCCCUGCAUUUCGUCGUCUAUGCAAUGGGCAUGCAGUUCAUCCCCAACUACUCCAACCACGAGAUUAGGCAGAAAGGGGCCGAGUUCUACAUUUCAGCCUCGCAGCAAGCAUUACGCCUAUCUGGUUACCUCAGCCGGGCCUCCCUGAAGUCCCUCCAGGCCAUGGUUCUCAUAUGUUAUUUUCUGAUGAACGACAACCAUGCUUCGGAUGCUUGGCAAGUGGCUGACUCGAGCUGGGUGCCGGCCUUCGGAGGUGUCCUAGCAAGACAAGCCUAUGCCAUGGGCUUGCAUCGAGAUCCUGACAUCAUAGCACCGCGGUCUUCCCAGGUCGAAAAGCACCAGCGCAGAAAGCUUUGGCAGGCCAUCUUCUUUCAGGAUACGUUUCUGACCGUCCUGCUAAAACUCCCUCCCACCACAACAUUCGCCGAUGUCAGAGUGGAAUCUUUGACAGACGACUUAGAUGACCAUGUAUCAAAUGGCAUGCCGAUCAGCGGUACCCCUGAAGUCGUCAUGAACCCUAUGAGCAUAAGCAAUAUUGUUCCCAUGUCGGAAGCCUAUCCCCCGCACGAAAUAGCGGACCGCCAGUAUAUCCGCUCCAUGUGGCGCAUGGCCAAUCUGACCCAGCGAGCCAUUUGCACGCCGAGGUCACUGGACAACCCCCUCACAACAUCGCCAGAGGAUAGGAAACUUCUGAUACGCCAGUAUCAGGAUCUCAUGGAGAGUUUUCCUCCGCUACUCACCACUUUCACUGAAGAUGGAAUCCGGACCCUUGCACAUUCCAACCCACGCCACCUGCGCCAGAAUUUUUUUUUCAGGAGUAAUUUUUGGCAUUGUCUGAUGAUAAUAAACGCCGACGAGAAUGUAGUGGGGGGCGUGACGUGCGAUGUAGAGGGAGCCCUCCAUGCCGCAAGGAUGGCCCUCCUGGCCUUCUUUCACUUUUGGCAAUAUUUGAGAGUCGACGUGGGCGUCUGGUGGGUAUUUCAGCAUCGCGCUUUUGAAGAGGCUCUUCUCAUGGUACGUAUACUGGCGGCACAGAAGUUGCCACUUCACCAAAGUCAAAGCGGAAUGUCGGCCCCUUCAAGUAUACCGCUCUUCGCGCAGGCAAGGGAAGACGCACAGAGGGCGCUUGAGAUACUCGAGCACAUUGGCAGCGCCUCCGAAAUGCAGAAGACAAGAACCGAAGUCCUUAGGAAGGAACUCGGCGACAUUGCUUGGUGAUGAUGUGGGACGUUGCGCUUCAUAUCCUCCGUUCGUCCCGAACCCAAAGCUUUGUUGAUGCAGAGGACCACCUGUAUGUAUAUAUGCGCCGCGAGCUGGUGGCGAGGCAAAUGAAGCUGCCUCGCGUGCGGAAUUGUCAUCAGGAAAGCGACCCACACCCAACCACCGCUAUCGGCAGAAAACGGGCCCCGAAGAGCUAUGUGAACAUGGGCUGCAGAAUAUAAUCACUCAUGAUAAGUAGUUGCAAUGUGAUCCAGCAAAGACUUUGACAUCCAUGUCCGCACUGUCUCAGCCACCACUGUCAGUGUGAGUCGAGUCGUCGCUUUCGAGUUC